AUCAGUUUUAGAUGUGUAGUAUGUGAGACAGCUUGUGUUGAGGAAAGUAGAUGUCUAUAGAUGGCGACCGCCUUUGACUAUUCAAUCGACAAUUCAUCUGCGGCGGCUGCCAGCGGAAUAGACAGUGGAAUUGAGAUCGAUCGCAACUUGACUAGUUCCAGUCCCGCAAUGUCUGACGAAAGCAGUGCUGGAAAAUCUAAACAAUGCAGUAUUGAUAGCGGCAGUAAAAGUGCCAACGGCAAUGUCAAAAAACAGACAUCAGGAAACAACGCAGUCCUCGAUAUCAAAACAACAGCGGCGUCUUCCGGUGGCUUUUCUGGUUCCGGAUCUCAACACAGUAGAGGCGGAAGCAGAGGAGCCGCUGCAGGGGGAGGUUCAAAUGGUGCUGCAAAGAAGAAUCUCUUACCACACAGCCUACUGUCAAUUCCUCCCAAGUCCACCGCAAUUGAAAGCCAGCCACUAGUCGACCUCGAGAACCUAAAUUCUGGAGAAGAGGACGACGGCUUUGCUUUGCCGCUGCCAGUUAUUCAGCACAACGCAAUGGGGAAGAAAGACUACCGCCGAGUGCAGACGAAAGAGCCCUGGUCCCCCAAAGAGGUCCGUUUCGGAGGAGGAGGUGGUGGUGGUGGUUUUUCUCUAACUGACAGUGGGGACGAAUUGGACCUGAUCCCACCCUCGGUCCCCCGUUCCAGGUGCUCCUGUGUCAGUCUGUGUCCUUCUAUGUUCUCUUACUCCUACCACAAAACCGGACAAAACUAAUUUCAAUAUAA